AAUUGAAGACAAGAUCUAAAGUAUGGAAAUACUCGGUUGGUAAUGCCAUCCUUUUCGCACGUACAGAGAUUGGGGAGAAGACAACGAGAAGGCAAUUAGGGAAAGUCUUGCGACUCGCCGCAACAUUUAUCCGAACCAACCGGAGUCCUACUACCUCAUAAUGUUACCCCAACAUCUCCUUGGGCCUACUUCUUUUCAAUGGUUGAGAAUUGGCUUCUGAAUUGAGAAUCUGGAUGCUCUGAGGGUAACAGGUAAGACAAUCCUUAUGAACUUAUCAUUAUCCAAAGUUAGAUUAUUCGUGAAAAUAGCUUUAGUGGUCGCUUCGUUCGAUGUUGCAGCGACGCUGCCGAACGGUGGAGGAACUAAAAAUUCUAUCUUUAACCUAACACUGUAUGCUCGAUACGUAAAAAUGAAUCACUGGGUAGAGCAAUGCAAGGCGCAUGUUUCAUCCUGUGUAAUAAGUGCACAAUGAUCCACCGGGCGCACAUACAAGCUGUCGACCGUCUAGUUAAAGACCUCAGCAAUUGUAAAAAGAUAAUGGGUGGCGUUACUUUCGUGUUCGCCGGUGAUAUCCAAGAAAUUUUACUGUUUAUGGCUACCGAAAGUCUCUCUAAUAUUGCGAAGACAACUGGAAUGAAUAUUGCGUGAAUUUCGUGUAAUUGCGAUUACCUUAUUCCGCCCAUGAUUCUAAUGUGCAAGUGUUUAUAUUUCUUCUGAACGUUUGGCGCAUACCGAGUUGUUGAUAUCGCGCGCUAUGACUUAAAGUGAUUGAUAGUUAACUGUUUUUAAAGUUGAAAUUAGGAUCAGCUAAACUUUUCGAAAAUAGCAGAAUUUGACGGCUCUCUUUUAAUUUUUAAACGCUUCUUGAUGUAUGAUUCAUAGAAAAAAGAUGAAGUACCAAGAAAGAAGGAUGUACGAUGGAAAGAGUUAGGACGGACGUAUCAUAUUUCAUUACUAAAAAGUUUAUCUAAAACUAUUACGGUAACUAUUUUCUUAAACUACCACCAUACAGCAUUAGCAUCUACAAAUGCUAAUAAUGCAGGCUCAGAGGAUCUGUCAAAAAACUUUGUAUAUUUAUAAGAAAUUGUUUCUUUUUUCCUGUAUUUAAGUAACACAUAACGCAAUGGAACUAAAAAAGGUAAUUACAAUAUUACCUUGCCUGCACUUUUAGAGAUACUAAACCAAUAUUUCAAAAAUAUCAGUUGCAAAAAGGCUGUUUCAGGUCAUAACUGGAUUAAUUAUGACGCAGAGACCGCAGAAAUUCAUAGAUAUUGAAAAAAAAGUUCAAAACAGUAACAUAAUUGCCAGUUUAAAUGAUGAUUGAAGCAUUCUCGAAAGCAUGAUCGACCAAAGAGAACUUCGUGGUACUUAGUCGAGAAUAUGUUGCGGCGAUAUUCGGUUUUAAGUUUAUUCGCGAAAAUAUGUGUGUAUCAUUUGUGCAAAUUACAAGGAGUAAACGUUAAACAUGUUUCAAACAUAGUUUCCGCCCCUCCGAUCGGUGACAGGAACAUCACUUUCAGCUAUGAUGAAAUUUUAACUGAAAGGCAGAAAAGGUGUUACGCCGAACAAUCGUCGGAUCCUCGAAAACCUGCUGAUGAAAGGUGUCUCUCCUCUUGGAUUCCUUGGUCCUUCCCACAAAGUAAUCCUCCAUAUUACGUGCAACGUCCUCCUCGCCCACGUCCCACACGUCCCCCACGUCCCCCACGUCCCCCACGUCCUCCACGACCGCCACGUCCUCCUCGACCACCUCGACCACCUCGACCACCCCGUCCUCCACCAUCUCCUCCACCACCACGUCCACCACUUCUGCCGGUCGGUGGCCCUGGAGGGCCUGGUGGCCCAGGAGGUCCAGGCGGUCCAGGAGGUCCUGGCGGACCGGGCGGGCCAAGCGGAUGUUCGUUACCGCAAGGAAUGCCAGGAGGACCAUGUAGUAUUGGUGGGCCAGGAGGCCCUGGAGGCCCUGGAGGACCUGGCGGUCCUGGCGGUCCUGGCGGUCCUGGCGGUCCUGGUGGACCUGGAGGAUCCGGAUGGCCGAACGGCCUGCCUGGAAUUCCAGUAACCAUUCCACUAUUCCCAGAAACCUCUCCUAUGUGUCCAAAGGGGCGUCCUCCUGCACCACCUGGACGACGUUGUGGCGCUGGAGGAUAUGGAGGCCCUGGAGGACCUGGAGGUCCUGGAGGACCUGGAGGACCCGGAGGUCCAGGUGGACCAGGAGGACCAAGCGGACCAACAAUCAUUCCGGGAUGCACAGACGGAAGAUUGCCAGGAUCACCUGGAGCAACAUGCGGUCCAGGAGGUCCAGGUGGUCCUAACGGACCUGGUGGUCCGGGGGGACCAGGAGGACCUGGAGGACCAGGGGGACCAGGGGGACCUGGAGGACCAGCGGGAUCUGGAGGACCAGCGGGACCUGGAGGACUAGACGGAUUAAUACAUGUACCACCACCAAUUUCAAUAAAGCCGCCAAGUCCACCACUAUCACCACUACCUCCAAUGCAACCAUCGCUAUUUCCACCAUCAUCGCCAUCGGUACCACCAUCAAAUGAAUUACCGAGUCCUGGAAGUCCAGGAGGUCCAGGAGGACUAGGUGGUCCUGGUGGUCCCGGUGGACCUUCCGGUCCUGGAGGUCCAGGUGGUCCUGGAGGCCCGGGUGGGCCUGGAGGCCCGGGGGGUCCUGGAGGUCCAAUAGUUACAUCAGUACCAGGGUUUCCUCCAGGAUCCCCUGGAGGACAAGGAGGUCCAGGUGGCCCAGGAGGUCCUGGUGGCCCUGGCGGGCCGGGAGGUCCAGUCGGUCCAGAUAUACCACCAGGUGGACCAGGAGGACCUGGUGGGCCCGGGGGACCAGGAGGGCCUGGAGGGCCUGCGCCAGGUACACCAGGUGGAUUAUUUGGACCAGGAGGACCUGGUGGUCCAGGUGGGCCUGGUGGUUCCGGUGGACCAGGCGGUCCAGGAGGACCAGGGGGACCUGGCGGACCAGGAGGUCCAGGAGGACUUGGUGGACCAUCGCCAGGAUCACCAUACGGUCCUGGAGGCCCAGGUGGAUUGGGUGGUCCUGGUGGUCCAGGCGGACCAGGCGGACCAGGUGGACCUGGUGGUCCUGGUGGACCAGGUGGCCCCGGUGGUCCUGGAGGAACAGGUGGAGCAGGUGGACCAGGUGGUCCAGGUGCUACAGGAGGAGCUGGAGGAGCUGGUGGUCCAGGAGGACCAGGAAGAUCCGCACUUGGAGAAGAACCUCAAUGGUUGUCUUCUUCAGGGCUGGAAGCAAUAAAUAUAGAGCGUCAGAGCUUAGCAUCAGACACAAGCAUAUCCGCCGCUAUGGCUGCAAUAGCAAGUCCUGGAAUACCGGGAUUACCUGGAGCGGCAGGGCCGGGGGGUGUUGCAGGAUAUCCAGGAACACCCGGUGACUCAGGAAAGCCUGGAACUCCAGGAACACCCGGUGACUCAGGAAAGCCUGGAACUCCAGGUAUUGCAGGAAUGCCCGGAGCACCAGGUUCGCCAGGAAUGAAUGGAAUGCCAGGUGCCACAGGCGUGAUCGUUGCACUAGGAAAACGAGUACCAGGGCCACCGGGACCGCGGGGAUUACCGGGAUUGCCAGCACCGCCCGCAUUGCCAGGACCCGCUGGUCCAACAGGUCCGGCUGGACCAGCUGGUGAAGUAGGUCCGGCUGGACCAGCUGGCCAAAUAGGUCCGGCUGGACCAGCUGGUCAAACAGGUCCGGCUGGACCAGCUGGUCCAACAGGUCCAGCUGGAGCAGAAGGAACGCCAGGUAAACCGGGAUUCGGAAUACCAGGAAAUCCUGGAGAACCAGGAAAACCCGGUCAAACAGGUCCUGCGGGACCACCUGGCUUACCAGGACCCCAAGGAUUACCAGGAAUUCCAGCGAAAUCAACCGUGCCUUCAUCCUCUGACUCUGAUACCAGUAUCCAUUUCUCAACUCAAAUUGGAAGCUAUAAAGGUCAACCAUGUUGUCCUAUCAACAUGUCCUGGGUUUUAACUAUAAAGAAAAAGUCAUGUAGAACGGAACCACCCUGCGAAAAAGUAGUAUCGAAAAAAUGGCUCGGUCGAAUGUCUCGAAUGAAUCCACGAUCAAACUUAGACCAGGAUUCUAAGGAUGACGAUUAUGAAUAUAAAGAUUCAUCCGAUAAUUUAGAGAAUAUUAACACGUCUGAUGAGCGAGAAAACGAAGCUUACUAUAUAGAAAAUUAAGGAAUUUGGUUUGUUAUUAUCAGAAAAAUGCACAUCAACUAACUAGUAUUAUCACUGUUACUAAUAAUGGUUUACAUAAUUGUUCGAUUUUAAUGAUAGCCCCAGCCCGCUAUGUCUAUUUUCAAUGCUUUAGGCCGUCACACAUGGCCUGUAAGAUCAACGAUUUUUAUUGUUCUAUAAUGAUUCAACAAAUGCGUAUUUUAAGGUUCUUUUAUAUUGAAAUCGAAACGUCGGAAUCUGAAUAAAAUGAAUAAGCUAUAA